AUGGCCGAAGCGAAAAUCGGAAAGAUCCAAGACAUCAUCGGCACUGAUGCCGGUGAUCGUGGGAUGAAAUCUUUGAUAGUUCCUGGUGAUUUGCUCGCAUCGUCACGGAUUCUAGCUGCUCUACCAGCAUCAUCGACAGUUCUGGUCCUUUCUGGGUUCCCUUGCUGUGUCAAGGAGUCACCGCCCACCGAAACCGAUGGACCUCCCGGAGCCUAUGCCAUUGCUCGUGCUGCCAUGGCUCUGGGUCAUACGGUGAUUGUCGUGACCGAUGAUUGCAAUCAAGCCGUCUUUGCGGCUGGACUCGAAAACUUGGCUCUGCCUUCAGGUGAUGGUGUUGGUUCUGUGACCUUGCAGUGCUUUCCAGCCAAAUUGAACGACGAACAGCAACAACAGUUUGAUGCUCUCGCCGCCAGUGCCAACCUUGUAAUUGCCUGCGAACGGGCCGGUCCUGGUGCCGACGGAAAUUGCUACACUAUGCGUGGAAUCGAUAUGACCAGUGCCGGUCUGAUUGCGCCGCUGGAUGAACUCAUUGCCAGUGCACCUGAAGGUGUGCCAUUCUUGGCCAUUGGAGACGGCGGCAAUGAAAUGGGCAUGGGAAAAGUUAUUGACAAAAUCAAAGAAAACCCCAAAAUCCAAAAUGGAGACAAAAUUGGUUGUGUCGUUCCCGCGGACCAUUUGGUUGCUGCCAGUGUCUCCAAUUGGGGAGGAUAUGCUCUGGCAGCUGGAGCAGCCAUCAUGAAAGCAGCAACAACAGCCGAACCAAACAAGGAAUCUUCGUCGGUACAAGACUGGAUACAAAAAUGCUUACCAACUGACCAACAAGAAGUGGAAUUGUUGGCUCGAUGUGUUGCUGCUGGAUGCAGAGACGGAGUAAGCGGGAAAAUGGAAUCCACCGUGGAUGGAAUGCCUCUGGAAACCAGCCUGCAAUGCCUCAGAGACAUUCGAAAUGCCGCGCUGGGCGGAAACUGA